AUGGAUAUCCAAAAAACCACCCAUCCGAUCACGGCACCAGCAAGCCUCGAAAAACUCGACCCAAAGGGCAACCCUCUAAGUCCAACACCUACUUCCGACCUAAAAGACCCUCUCAACUGGUCGCUACUCCGCAAAUCAACAUGUCUCUUCAUUGUUGUCUAUAGCUACUUUAUGCUAACCUACUUCACCACCGCACCCAUCCCUUCCUUUGGCUUUCUGGAAGAACAACUCAACAUCAACUACUCGCAGGUAAGCUGGAGCUUUGCCUUACCAUGUCUCGGCCUUGCAGUUGGCCCGUUGCUUGUAGGCGCAUUGGCGGAUACAUAUGGACGAAGACCGGUGUUGAUUGCGUGUACAGCGUUAGCUGUGCUGGCGAGUGGAUGUACUUCGAUCAAGACGAUUAAUUUUGAAGGCUAUAUGGCGGCGAGGUUUUUUCAGGGGUUGGGGGCGGGGCCAUCGGCAAAUAUUGGGCUUGUGAUUAUUCAUGAUAUUUCGUUUGAGCAUGAGAGGGGGCUGAGGGUGGAACGUGAAAAAAAUUUCCGGAGUCCCUCAUCCCAAAAUAUGGACAACAACAAUCCAAUUCUUCAACUUAUUCCGCUAUCACACAAUCGUUAUCAGCGUUCUCGGCUACUGCUUCCUUCAAUGCUGGUGGAUCUGCAGCAUCUCCACCCUCGUCCCAGACGCCUACAUCAACGACUCCCCCGCACCCAAGGUCUCCUCCUAAUUGGCCUCUUAGUGGGACUGCUAUUCGCCGAAGUGGUCUGCUCAGGAAACCUAAGUGACAAACUAAUGAGUCAUCUCACACGAAAGAAUGGCGGCACUCGUGUCCCCGAAAUGAGGCUUUGGCUGGGUUAUCCGGCCGCUGUUGUGUCGUCGGUGGGGCUCGUGCUAUGGGGGGUUAGUGUUGAUAGGGAUUGGCAUUGGAUGGUUGGGCAGGUUGCUUUUUUCUUGUAUACUCUGGGAUUGCAAACUGGAAAUACAGUAUUGUCUGCAUAUAUUGUUGACAAUUAUCCGGAGCACGCGAAUGAAGUUAUUACGUUUUAUACUGUCAUUAUCAAUCUUUCGGCAUUCAUCAAUCCCUGGUUCAUAUACUACUGGGUUGAAAGUUCAGGAUAUGCAUGGACCUUUGCGACGCAAUGUAUAAUAUGCAGCUUUGGCCUUAUUCCGUUGUAUAUUCUGCUGCAGGUAUACGGUGUGCGGCUAAGGAGUACAAGGCCAAUGUACACUAAGCAUAUAAACGAUAUGCUGGAAUUGCCGACGGCUCAAGUUGCGUCGGGUGGUAGAGAUAUUCCCGUGAAACAGGACCGUGGGGAUGCUGUAUAG